AAUGUCUUCAGAGUUGGAUUUUGGACUUAUGACAGCCAAAAUUCCUUUAGUAGACUGCAAGGGCCUUGUAAAAGCUGAAAAAAGCGUCCAGCAUGCGGCUCUUCAAACAACUGCCACACCCAUGGUGCAGCAAAGAAACAGAGUUAGGAAAUCAGCAGGCAGGAUGGAGAAAGUUUCUCAGGCUCCCAUCCUUAAGAAGUCUGGUAUGAGGAAAGAAGACGCAAUUCUUAUGUCAGAUGACGAAGAAUCCUCACUGGAUACAUCCGAUCAAACGAAGCCCGUUUCUUCUAGAAACGAGGAUCCUGGAUUUUUAGACGAUGACUUGACCUACGAGAGCCUUCAAGACGACGACAUUGCCCUCAACAAGCUCAUGGAUGAAGUAGAUCCAUCGCCAACUUCAGGAACGGCUCAAUCGAAAAACUCGUUAUCGAAGCCAGCUGUUUGUAGCGAUAGCGAGAUGGAUACUUCAGAUGAAGAGCUUCAUCACUCUGUUUUCGAAAGCCAUUACAAAGGUAAAGCUAAGGUGAAAAAUGAAGACAGAGAGAUGGAUGGUGAAGGUCCCUCUUGUGAUAAGACCGUCCCUGGCGAAAGCAUUGAUAAGAUUAAGAGGAAAACUACAACUGAAAGGGAUGUUUUUUCAUUCCAGAGCGUAAGAUCUGAGGCGCCUCUUAGCGCUUCUAAUUCGUCACGGAUUCGAACAAAGUAUACCACUAUAACAGCAAAAACGGAACCUGCUGAUUCCGGAGAUGACCUAGAUGAUGAGCCCCUUGCAUCAUAUUUGCCGGGCAGCUUCUUUAAGACAUCAGUUCAGGAUAUAACACAUGCUAUUGUUGCUGAUGGGAAGGUGAAGACUGAAGUGGACCGCAUUUCGGAUGAUGAAGCCAUAAAUAUGGAGUUUGCAAGCCCGGAAGUAUGUCAGGUAAAGCAAGAAGGAGAAGAAGUAGAAGAAGUUUGUAACACUUCAUCAGUUGUCCAUGCAACUGACACUGCAUGUGAUGAUCGUUCAGAUUCGGAGCAAGACGCCCAACCACUCCUUUCGACAGUCAAACCUGAACCUUUGGAAGAAAAGACACAUUCCCUCUCUAUCAUUAGUAAACAGCUUAAAAAUGAGAUUCAUUUCGACGAUGAUAUGAACUGUUGGGAUAACUACGGUGAUUACAGUGAACUUGUGCUGAAUUCUCAAGAUAAUGCCCUCGCAAGCGUAGAAGAAGAUCUCGUAGAUGUAUACGGCACACAAACCGAAAAUCAGACGGAAGAUGACCUUCCGUUGUCAAGUGAAGAUGUCAAUAUUGGGGAUAUCCAGGAGGACGAGACUUUGCAAGGUGCAGACUUAAAUGGCAACUUCGCAACAGAUGGAGAGGUCAAAAGUGUAAAACCUAAGAAACAAGUAACAUUUGCACCUUGCGUAGGUUCAUCUCAUGCAGUCGCAAACUCGUCUGCUGGAGUUGCAAGUUCUAAUAAGCUAGCGUCUUAUCAGCCGGUUAUAACAAAGCCCACGAGACACCUUUCAGAAGACGACUUUUUCCGCGAGAUCCUAAACUGGAGGGUGUAUCACUUUUUAAAAUCAUCGAGCAAUGGAAGAUUCACCACUUUACCGCGAAAUUAUGCGGCAGAUCGUGUUCCGGAAAGCUUCAACUCGAUGGACGAGUAUUACAAAAUAUUCAAGCCUCUGCUGUUCAUGGAAAUUUGGCAACAGGCUCUUAGUUCCUGGGGUGACAAGGAAGUGAACAAGAAGUGUGUUACCAUGAAUGUCCUCGAUGGAAGUAACGCCAAUAGUUUCUGGAUCAUUCCUUGCAGAGGUGUUAUCAACGAACAGCAACAAAAAUCGGCACUGUUCCCGAGGGAAAGUGAUUUAGUUCUUGUGACGCGCUCUGCAACUGACGGAAGAGGGGGGAGUGAUAAUAAUUCAGCAGUUUUUGGAUUGGUGGAGAAGUCAGAUUUUCAAAGAACUAAACAGUCGCGAAGAGAAAGUCUGGGAACUAGUGGUGGAGAGGAAGAAGCUGCUAUGACGACGUUUGAUCUUAACUUGACCAUCAAAACGGCGUCAAACUUCCGCCCUGCGAGGAACUGUCGUCUUCAAGUACAGUUUGUGACUUCACUGCUGACAGCGCUAAGGCAGUGGUCUGCUUUAAUGCAAUUUAGCAAGAGCCUGUUGGCCAACGACAUUCUUAGACCGCGGAAAGCAAUAUAUUUCUGCUCUGAAGAUUAUCGUCCCUCACCACAUGUCGCUCAGGAAUACAAUGAAUCCCAAGAGAGAGUCAUCUCAACUGCGGCUAAUGCUGUUCACAAUCCCUAUCCUCUACCACGCAUUUGUCUCGUUCAAGGCCCUCCGGGAACAGGAAAGUCCUACACGAUCGUUGGCCUUGUGAAGGAGAUACUUAAUCGGGGUCAAGAAAUGCCAGGACAGACCACAGCUACCUCAUCGAAUGGAAAUGUUCGAAACAAAGUGAGAAUUCUCUUAUGUGCCCCUUCUAAUGCUGCCAUAGAUGAGUUGAUUGCUCGGUUGACAAAGGCUCAGAUCCGACUUCAAAAUCGUUCUGACAAUAAGGAAAACAGGCGAUGUAACCGUCAGGAUGAUGUCAAGAGAGCGAUCCCUAAAAACUGUGGGGAUCUGUGUCUGGUACGAGUGGGCCGUAAGUCAUAUAUCCACCCGGGCGUUCUGAAGUUCUCAUUAGACAAUAUGACAAAGCUCGUAGUCGAUCAGUCAUCUUCAAAAUCGGAGGACAGAUUAAACAAAACCAAAGAAAGUCUUGCAAUCAUUGAUGAAAGAGAGAAGAAACUGGAGCACAAGAUAACGAAGUUGAAAAGUUCGCCUCGCACGUCUCACGAGCAACUGGAGAAAUUGGAAAAGGAGAAGUCAAACCUUAUGGACACAAUACGAACCCUGCAAAAGAAAUAUCGUGAAGAAAGGGCAGAGCAAGCUAACAAACGUAGAAAAGAAUCAAGUAUAAGAAAGGAGAUCCUUCAUCGUGCUGAUAUUAUCUGUACAACUCUCAGCGGGGCUGGUAGCACAAGCUUAAAGCAGGACCUGGAAGGACGGCGUAUUUAUCCCCAUUUCACAUGUGUUAUUGUCGAUGAGGCCUGUCAGUCCAAUGAACUGGAUUUGCUGAUACCACUCUGCUUCCAGGCGUCUAAACUGGUUCUUGUCGGCGAUCCUGAGCAGUUGCCCUGCACUGUACUGUCUGGGAGAGCAAAGGAGAAAUUAUUUGCACGAUCCAUGUUUGAAAGACUCUACAGAUUCUUCAGAUAUCACAAAGCAGAAAUUGAGAAGCCAGUACUGAUGCUAGAGGAACAGUACCGGAUGCAUCCAGAGAUUGCGGCUUUCCCUUCCUCUCGUGUGUACAAUAACUUUCUUAGAAGCCAUAGAUCAUUGGAGCAGAGACAGUUUCCUCUGGUAAAGCACUAUGCACUCUUUGACGUUGUUACUGGAAGGGAGCUAUGCCAGGAUAGAGGCGCUUUGUGGAACCCUGACGAAGCUGAUAUGAUUGUAAAUUUUUGCCGCGAUUUGACAGACAUUUUAAAACCUGAAAGCAUUGGCAUUAUCACACCAUAUCGGAAACAGAAAGUUGAGAUCCAGGGGAGACUAAAGGGUCUAUCCACAGGAACUGCUGUAAUCGAGGUCAACACUGUGGAUGGCUUUCAGGGAAGAGAGAAGGAUGUCAUCAUUUUGAGUUGUGUUCGAGCACAGCAGUGUCGUGGGUCUAUAGGAUUUCUAACCGAUAAACAACGAAUGAAUGUAGCGUUAACGAGGGCGCGACAUGCCCUGUAUGUUUUUGGCCAUAUGGAAACUCUGAAGGGAGGAUCUUCAGAUUGGAGAGCUUUGAUAGAAAAUGCAGAAAACAGAGGAUGUUUCUUUCCUGUUAAAUCUUCAUUAGAGGUACGGUCGAUUCUUUCCAUUGGAUCAGUUAAGACAGACCAUUCGCCUGCCAAAGAUCCACGGGUUAAAAACCUUAACUCGUCUUCGACAAGGGUUGGUUAUCACCGUUCCAACAGUGGUGACCUUGCAGUGGACCCUAACCAUGCACCAGGAAACGUUUGUAGUACACGACAAGAGUCUGAACAUAAUGGUGGGACAGAGGCACCAGGUCUUAGAAAGGGGACGGAUCAGAUGGAAAAAUCAGUUAAAGCUUCAGUAACCAAGCUCCGAGAGGUAACAAGCAUCAACGCGACCUCCGCCAGCAGUGAGGCAUCCUUGAACAGUCAUCCUACAAGGAUAAUUGAAGUUGUCAACCCUGAGAGUAUAAGUAGGGAAGAGAAGAGUGGUGAGGAAGGAACUCACUCCAGAAAUCGUGAUCAACAAUUUUCUAGGAAGGACUGUAAACAACUCUCCAGACCUGAAGAUCAUAGAGAAAAGCACUCUGUCGGGAAGGAGUCAAAGCAUUCUACACGUCACUCAUUGCAUCGAAAAGGGAGCGCACACCAGGAAAGAUCAGGUGGGCAAAGCCAAAAGACAUCAGAUGAAAAAGUCACAUAUCAAUUACAUUCUACCAUAAAUCCUUUGGUUAAAAAUGGAGUUUCAAACAGGGACGAAGCGACAUCUAACGGCCCAUCUUGUAAGAGGACACAGAUUGUUUCUCCAAACAUUGCCAUCGAGAAGCAAUCGCCCAGUCAUCCCCCUGAAGACAGUGUACAUGGAAAGCAAAUGAAGCGUAUCGAAAGUGAUGAUAUGCUAGACGCUACAGCUAUUAAUUUUUCUGGAAAGGCCCCUACUCCUACGUCCAGGGAUCCAAUUUCUGAUUUGGAGGAUAAUGAUUCAGAUUCCUCACUUGAAAUUGAUACGCAAAAUCCUAUGCUGCAUAAUGUUAUCCGAAACAAUAUGACACAUAAAAAGGGUUAUUUUUGGCAGCUGUAUCGACAAGAAAAAGAAGCAACUGCAAGGUCCUCACCAGCCCAACGCGCCUGGUCACCAGGUAAUACUGGGUCACCCGUCGACCAGGCUCUAACCGCCUUAACAACGGUCUCACAGCCCACGUCGUCUAACCACUCUUUUGUAUCAUCUGGGCCUUCCAAUACAACUCCCCUGGCCCCAACUGCUCCAAUUCUGCCAGAUAACGCCAGUAGCUCAUCAUCUCGCUCUAAUGCGUCAAGGUCGUCAAAAGUUAUUCCGGUCAGGCGGAACUCUGAACCUCCGUCCUUGAAAAGUGUAUUGGAAGGUAACGGUCAUCCGCAAAGACCUCAGGGAUCUACAGCUAAUGCUUCAAACGCAUUAUCUUUCUCUAGUGCGUCAAGGCUUUCAAAUGACUCUUCUACUCUUUCCUUGCGGCCCGGAACCGCCCGACCAUCAAACCUUUCAAAUUCAUUAGGACUAAGCCGGACUCUCUCUCUCGAUGAAAAACGUAAAACAGUGCGGAGUGCUGAAGAAGCAGCAGAAGUAGUGCGGCAACGGCAUCCUCCUGUACUGGGUCCUCCAAUUAUCGAAGCUACAUUAAGGGACCCUCACGGGGGAUCUCGUAAACGGUCAGCGCAUACAACGACUCUGAAUGUCAGCGCUCUGAGAGGAAGAGCAACCAGGGAAGUCAGCCCACCACCAAAGAGGUCGGCACCUGAACCCUUACGGAGAAAAAGCUUAAAUAAAACUAAAAUGAACUUUAGGGGCAGAAAAAGUUGGAAAUGACAGAGUGAAUCCCUGCAGUUUCUUGUUCAAUAUCUUAUUUCGAUAGGACGCUUCAUUGAGACGUCAUUUGAGUUUUUAAGUAAUUUCCAACUAAGUUUGUUUAUUUUUUUAAGACGUGAUUAUUAUUGGUGGAAAGAGAGAUACAAGGUUAAGGUUAUCUCCAUUGUUUUGUAAAUGGUGAGAGCAAGCUCUGAGACAAACUGUUUCAAGUGGUCUUACUCCAACUUUUUUCAGUGUAGAGUUAUUCUAGAGGGACAAAUUUCAAUAUAUUUUUUCUAAUUAGAGAUUAAAUAAGUAACCAAAUCAUUGUAUUUGUUACGAUAUACUGAUUCAAAUUUUUUCAUUAAAAUUUAUGACAAAUUAAUGUUCAUUUACAGCACAUCGAAAAAGCUGUGAUGAACUCGUCAAAAGUAUUUGUGAAAAAUACUUACAAACCUUCAAGUUUCGACUGACUGUCCAUAAUCUGGAAGGUUAUCGAAUUUUGACCUAAUUGUAAUGACGAGAGAUGGUAUUUUAUCGUGUAAACGUCAGUAGUGGAGUCGUUGUAUAGCAAAGGCGCCACAGAAAAGUCUUCUUUGCUUCCUAAUCUAUGCUUGAAUGAUACUCUCACUCUACAUCAUUAUUUUUAUGUUUUAAUCGUAUGUCGCCCUUUUGUUGAAAGUUCAAGAUUAGAUAUACAAAAAAGGGCAUUUUCAAGAAAUGGUGUUAGAAUCUGGAAUAGCUU